ACCUAAGAGCAGCUGUAAUUGUACGUGUUUUCGUCUGAUAAAUCUAUUUAACCGAACAUGGAAGUGUAAUAAAAAUAGUCCUAAAUGUGAUAAACGAACAUGUCGAGCCGCCGUUCUAUGCUCGGGUCGGCUUUGGACUCGUUGCCGGCUCCCACUGACCCUCUUCGCGAAUUAUUCGAGGCUUGCAAAGUUGGCGAUGUUACUCGAGUGAAAAAGUUAAUUACAACACAAACAGUAAACGCUAGGGAUACAGCUGGACGUAAAUCGACACCACUACAUUUCGCUGCAGGCUAUGGAAGAAGAGAAGUUGUCGAAAUCCUUAUAGCUGGUGGUGCUGCUUUACAAGCUCGCGAUGAGGGGGGGCUCCAGCCGUUGCACAACGCGUGCUCGUUCGGGCACGCGGAUGUUGUGCGCGCGUUACUCGCCGCGGGGGCGCCGCCCGCAGCGAGAGACAACUGGGGCUACACGCCGCUACACGAAGCCGCCGCUAAGGGGAAGGUGGAUGUUUGUAUUGCUCUCCUCCAGCACGGCGCCGACCCGAACAUACGGAACACCGAAGGCAAGACGCCCUUGGACCUCGCCGACUCCGCCACCAGACCUGUUCUCACUGGCGAGUACUGCGCGGCGGACGUGCUGGAGGCGGCUCGCUCGGGCGCGGACGACCGGCUGGCGGGGCUGCUGACGCCGCUGAACGUGAACGUGCACGCGAGCGACGGGCGGCGCUCCACGGCGCUGCACCUGGCGGCCGGGUACAACCGCGCGCGCGCGGUGCGCCUGCUGCUGCAGCGCGGCGCCGACGUGCACGCCAAGGACAAGGGAGGUCUGGUUCCGCUGCACAACGCGUGCUCGUACGGUCACUACGAGGUGACGGAGCUGCUGGUGCGAGCGGGCGCGGAUGUGAACGCGACAGACCUGUGGGCCUUCACCCCGCUACACGAGGCCGCCAGCAAGGCUCGCCUCGAGGUGUGUUCGCUCCUCCUGAGUGAGGGCGCGGACCCCACUCUACUCAACUGCCACGGCAAGUCGGCGCUGGACGUGGCUCCCUCUCGCGAGCUGAGAGAACGACUGUCAUUUGAAUUCCGCGGCCACUGUUUACUUGAAGCGUGUCGACUGGCCGAACCGGCUCGAGUGAAGAAACAGCUGUCGUCCUUAGGACAACAGGAUCUGUCCGCGCUCCAAUGCACGCAACAAGUAACGAUUCCGAUCCCCAACGAGCGGGUCGCCGAGCUGGUGAACUUCCAGCACGUCGGCACGGGCGACCGGCCGCUGCACUGCGCGGCCGCCAGCGUCUACCCCAAAAGGAAACAGGUCAUGGAGAUUCUAAUAAGGAAAGGCGCGCGGGUCAACGAGAAGAACAAGGACGGACAAACAGCUCUGCACGUGGCGACGGAGAACGCCCACCUCGACGCCAUGGACCUGCUGCUGCGGCACGGUGCGAAGGUGAACGCGGUGGACGCGCGCGGCGAGAGCGCGCUGUCGCUGGCGGCGCGGCGCGACGCGGGCGCCGCGUGCCGCCUGCUGCUGGCGUGCGGGGCCUCCGCGCCCGACGCGCGCGCCGACGCCGACGAUGCCUGCUCGAAUGCAGCGGCCCUACGUCUCCUUGAGGCGGCGAGGACGGGCGACGUGGAGACGGCUCGUGCGAUUUUGGACGCUCGGCCGCGUUUAGUUAAUUGCCGAGACGUCGACGGUAGACAUUCAACGCCACUGCAUUUCGCCGCUGGAUAUAACAGACUACCCCUGGCACAGCUACUGUUACAGAGGGGGGCCGAUGUCCAUGCUAAAGAUAAGGGAGGUCUGGUCCCGCUCCACAACGCGUGCUCCUACGGACAUUUCGAGGUCACGGAGCUGCUGGUAUCGGCAGGGGCUGGUGUCAAUGCAGCGGACCUGUGGCGCUUCACGCCUUUGCAUGAAGCGGCCGCGAAGGGUAAAGCGGAUAUCGUACGGCUACUCUUGAAGCACGGCGCGGAUCCCACGCGGCGGAACCGCGACGGGCUGACGCCGCUGCAGCUCGUGCGCGCCGGCGACGGCGACACGGCGGACGCGCUGCGCGGGGACGCCGCCCUGCUCGACGCCGCCAAGCGCGGGGACCUCGCGCGCGCCAAGAAAUUAAUAACUCCUCAGAAUGUCAACUGUAGAGACGCACACGGAAGGAAUUCGACGCCACUUCAUCUUGCCGCCGGCUACAAUAACUUGGAGGUUGCCGAAGCUCUACUCGAAGCGGGAGCGGCCGUCUCCGCCAGGGACAAGGGCGGCCUAGUGCCGCUUCACAACGCUGCUUCGUACGGGCACGUCGAGUUGGCGGCGUUGCUGUUGAGAGCCGGUACACCCCCUAACGCAGCCGACAGGUGGGGCUUCACCCCUCUACACGAAGCCGCUCAUAAAGCGCGGACCCAAUUGUGUGCGUUACUGCUGGCGCACGGCGCGGACCCGUUCCUCAAGAACCAGGAGGGGCAGACGGCGCUGGAGCUGUCGGGCGCCGACGACGUGCGCUCGCUGCUGCAGGACGCCAUGACGGGCACGGCGCCCAGCGAGCUCGGCCUGGCGCCCGCGCCCCCCGCGCCGCCCGCGCCCCCCGCGCCCGUGCUGCUGCCCAGCGGGGACACCGCGCCGCUGCCGCUGCCCGUAAUGCCGAGCAACUACUGGUCGGAGGGCUCCCGGGGCAGCCUGGAGGACGCCGCGGGCCGGCCCGCCUCCGCUCUGUCCACUUCGGAGUCUCUGCACACCUUCCUGACCAGUAUCGGGCUGGAGGCGCUGGCGCCGGUGCUGGAGCGCGAGCAGAUCACGGUGGACAUCCUGUCGGAGAUGUCGCACGAGGACCUGCGCGCCGUGGGCGUGGCCGCCUACGGGCACCGCCACCGGCUCAUCAAGGCCGCCCGCCACAGUCUGCAGGCGCACUCGGUGCACACAACAAAGAAUGAACGCUUGAUGACAGAGUGGUACGGCGGCACGACGCUGGUGGACGUGUCGCCGGAGGGCGCGGGCGGCGGCGAGUACGGCGUGCUGGAGCGCGAGAUGCAGGCGUCCGUGCGCGCGCACCGCGACCACGCCGGCGGGGCCUUCGCGCGCUACCGCGUCGUGCGGAUCCAGAAAAUAGUGAACGGCCGGCUGUGGGAGCGCUACCAGCACCGGCGGCGGGAGGUGAGCGAGGAGGCGGGCGCGCACAACGAGCGCAUGCUGUUCCACGGGUCGCCCUUCAUCAACGCCAUCGUGCAGAAGGGCUUCGAUGAGCGGCACGCCUACAUCGGUGGCAUGUUCGGCGCCGGCAUCUACUUCGCGGAGCACUCGUCGAAGAGCAACCAGUACGUGUACGGCUUCGGCGGGGGCUCCGGCUGUCCCGCGCACAAGGACCGGAGCUGCUAUCUGUGCCACAGACAAAUGCUGCUGUGCCGCGUGACGCUCGGUCGCGCGUUCCAGCUGCUCAGCGCCAUGAAGAUGGCGCACGCGCCGCCCGGACACCACAGCGUGGCGGGCGCGCCCAGCAGCGGCGGCCUGUGCUACCCGGAGUACGUCGUGUACCGCGGGGAGCAGGCCUAUCCGGAAUAUUUGAUAACUUAUCAGAUAGUAUGCGAGGAGAACAACUCGGGUGCGGUGUAAUCGUGGACAUUAGUGUAUUUCGUGCAGUAUUAUAAAAAAAAUAUAAGGGCAUGUCCACAUCUGGACAAAAUUGUCUUUUUAUUUAAAAAAAAAUGAAGAAUGUCUUUUCUAUUUUUUUACCCUGUAUUUAUAUAUUAUGAUUUUGUAAAUAAAUGCGAAGGCUAUCUUUGUUAUUCUUUAGCAAAAUUAGCGUCACUUUGUCUUCGUUAUUUGAAAAUGAACGAUAUAAUAACGUGGUAUGUAACGGGCGUUGAUUUUUUUUGUAUAAAAGCCAAUUAUGAAAGUGUACAUUGGAUAAUAUAACUUAAACCAGAUGUGUUCAUGUCUUUCUUCUCAUAAAUGGAGAAUGGAGUUUUUAUAAGCUAGUUAUAUUGAACUAGGAUAAUUUAAUUGAAUAAAAAAUAUUAAAAACC